AUGGAUCUUCAACCUGUUACAUCCUUUUUCAAAAAGAUUCAACUUCUCCCAUUUCCCAUCUUCAAUAGACAACUUACUUACACCCUCUCCUUUCUUCUUCCCCUCCUCUCUCUCGCCUUACUCAGCCUUCUUGCAAGCUUUUUUCAGCCCCAGUUUCUUCUCAACAUCAGCUUCUUUUCUCAAGUUCUACAAAACAAGCAUGAUUUGGCCUGUGACGAUUCAAAUGGCAGAUGGGUUUGGGACGAGAAUCAUCCAUAUUACACUGAGGGUUGUCCGUUCCUUGAUCCUGGCUUUCGCUGCCAUCAAAACGGACGGACAGAUGGAGAUUAUUACAAAUGGCGAUGGCAGCCCAAUGGUUGUGAUCUUCCAAGAUUUAAUGCAAGCGAGCUUCUGGAAAGGAGCCGAAAUGGGCGAAUUGUAUUUGCUGGUGAUUCAAUAGGACGGAACCAGUGGGAAUCUCUGGUAUGCAUGCUUGCACAGGGAGUAGCAAACAAGUCUGCAAUCUACGAACAAAAUGGCAAACCCAUCACAAAACACAAGGGCUACCUCUCAAUCCGAUUCCAUGACUACAAUCUCACGGUGGAGUACUACAGGGUUCCUUUCCUGGUGAUCAUUGAUAGACCUCCACAGAAUCAUUCUGUCCAAAUCAAGAGUGCCAUUCGGGUCGACCGGUUACACUGGUACUCCAACAAGUGGGUUGGUGCAGAUGUUCUAGUUUUCAAUGCCGGCCAUUGGUGGAACCAAGACAAAACUGUAAAGAUGGGUUGUUAUUUCCAGGAAGGUAAUACUUUGAAUAUGACGAUGGAUGUGAUGGAAGCAUUCCGAAGGUUUCUACAAACAUGGAAAUCAUGGGCUAUCCAGAAUUUAGAUCCUGAGAAGAGCUACAUCUUCUUCCGGAGCUACUCUCCUGUGCAUUACAGGGAUGGAACAUGGAAGGAUGGGGGUCGAUGCGAUAUUAAUGUGGCACCAGAAACUAAUUACACUAUGCUGGAGCCUGAGCCAUGGAAUAACCGUUUUAUUUCUGAAACAAUUGAGAAUAUGAAAGAUACAAUGAGAGGUGUACAACUCUUAAAUAUUACAUAUCUUACAGAGUUCAGAAAAGAUGGUCACCCUUCAAUCCACCGAGAACCAGGCACUCCAGUUCCUUUCCCGCAAGACUGCAGCCACUGGUGCCUCCCUGGAGUGCCAGACACAUGGAAUGAAAUUCUCUAUAGUCAUCUGUUGUCGAAGGGCUACAGAACAAAGAACAAUCAACCCACAAAUAUGCCUUAA